AUGCCAAAGGAAAUGGUCAAUCUUUUUAAGGAGGAUGCUGAGGCUCCCCUUUACCUCCAAAGCUCUUCUGCCUUGUCUUCUUACACCUGGGUUAGUAAGAACUUGAGUCGCUCCUAUCCCUCUAGUGAAGUGAGGAAUAGUGCAGUGAAGUGGUCGGAUUGGAUUGAUAGACUCCUUCCGAGGAAUUUUGCCAGCAACACGUUCAAUUUUUGUGUGGGCCCUAUGACUCCAACCCUGUUGGACAUGGUUCAGAUCUUUGGGUUUAGGCCUCAUGGAAGGCCUGUUGAUGCUGUUGGGGACUAUCACAGAAAGAAGAAUCAAGAAAAAAUGGCAAAGCCUUUCACUAUCUCGCCUGCCACAAUCAUCUAG